AUGCUUUUUGGUAAGUUUUGGGCCCCAAUAUUUGAGGCGAGAGUUCAGUAGACCUCAAUGCGCUGAUCAUAAUGAUAUAAAAAUCACCCGGGAAAAUGGGCACUGAAUGGUGUAGUCGGUUAAAUUUUACACAUGUCAAUUUAAGGGUCGCGGGUUCGACUCCACCUCGGAACUUCAUUUUUAAUUUUCAGAUUUCGUUUUCAGUCAAUCAUACAACAAUGUUUAUUGUAGAAGACCUUGGUAUUUUGAUAAUCCACGUCCAGCUCCAAUGUAACUUUUUUCUACUUACAUUUUCUCAAAUAUUGCAAUCCUAAAUUAUUUCAGACCUUGCCCGGUUCCGUCGUUUUUCUCAUAUUAUGAAUGUUGUGGUGAAUUUCGAGAAAAUUGUUGUUGGAAACUUCGAUCGGAGCCGAUGUAAGCGAGCUCUAAAAAUCUGUGAAAGACCUUUAUUUUUGCAGAUAUAUUGUCGUGAUUUGCUCCAUAAUUCUGUUAUUAAUUUGUUGUUGUUGUUGCAUUGGUUUUGCGAUUUUCUCACUCAAGAAAUCGAAAAAGCAAAAACAGGGAAAUGAAGUUGCAAUUUCGAAAGAUGAACAAGUUCAAACUGUUUCAAAUGGAGUUGAUGAUAGAAGAAGAUCUUAUGUAGCUGCGAGAGAUCGGGAAAUUGAUUAUAGAAUGUUUUAA